UUUAUUUUUUUUAUUAUGAAAAUCGCUCACCCGAAAAACUAACAAAAUUAAUCUAACCCCAAAAAAAGAAGUUAAAAACACAUUUGCUCCUUGAAUUUAUAUGCAUUCAACUCAACCCCCCUAAACUUUCGUUCUUUCCCUCCUAAACCCCUCCUCAAAACCCCCCACAUUCACAAUCUCUCUCCAAAAUUCCUCUCUUCCACAAGAAUGUCUUCAACAACCGAUCCAUCUCAAUCCUUCACACCAUACACCCUCAAACAAACCCUAAUACCCCACAAACGCGCUAUCUCCGCCGUCAAAUUCUCUUCCGACGGCCGUCUCCUUGCCUCCUCCUCCGCCGACAAAUCCGCCGUCGUCCACUCCCUCUCUUCCGACGACCCACCUUUAUCCGUCACCCAACACUUCAACGGCCACGAUCAAGGCAUCUCCGACGUUGCCUUCUCCUCCGACUCCCGCCUCCUUGCCACCGCCUCCGAUGACAAGUCUGUCAGACUCUGGGAUGUCACCACCGGUCAGAAUAUCAAAACCCUUCUGGGUCAUACCAACUACGUGUUUUGCCUCAAUUUUAACCCUCAAUCGAAUAUGCUUGUUUCUGGGUCUUUUGAUGAGACUGUUAGGGUUUGGGAUGUUAAGACUGGGAGGUGUUUGAAGGUUUUGCCUGCUCAUUCUGAUCCUGUUACUGCUGUUGAUACUAAUCGAGAAGGUUCCUUGAUCGUUUCCAGUAGUUACGAUGGAUUGUGUAGGGUUUGGGAUACUAAUACUGGCCAUUGUGUUAAGACUUUGAUUGAUGAUGAGAAUCCUCCGGUGUCGUUCGUUAAGUUUUCGCCGAACGGGAAGUUUAUUCUUGUGGGUACAUUGGAUAAUAAUCUGAGGCUGUGGAAUUUUCAGAAUGGAAAGUUUUUGAAGACAUACACAGGACAUGUAAAUUCAAAGUACUGCACUUCAGCAGCAUUUUCUACAACUAAUGGAAAGUACGUUGUUAGUGGUUCCGAGGAUAAUUGUGUUUACUUGUGGGAACUUCAGUCAAGAAAAAUUGUCCAAAAAUUAGAAGGUCAUACUGACACAGUCAUAUCAGUUGCUUGCCACCCUACUGAAAAUAUGAUUGCAUCUUGUGCCCUUGAGAAUGACAAGACUGUUAAGAUAUGGACACAAGGCCGAGGCUGAUUCUUUCUUUGCAGCGGAAGAUAACUGGCGUUACAUCACACUGGUGAGGAAGGUUUGAAGGCUGCUCGUAUUAGGCCGGAAUUUUAUUGAUUUCUUCUAGCUCUUCACAGGCUUUUGGAUGGCUGUAUGUAAUUGUAGCUUAGUGCUUAUAUCUAAUUGGACAUGGCGUGCCCAACUUCAGUGGUCAAUAUUUUUUUUCUCUGAAUAAUUUUCUUAUGUAUGAAACUAUGAACAAUAUAGGAGUAUUAUUUUGUAGAUAUUCUUGUUCGCUGUUUAGUGUGUUUUCCAUGUAUUCCAAAAGGACGAGGAACAGGUGUUCUUGGUUCAACUGUCAUUAUGGUUCCGACUUGAAAAUUAUGAUGCAAAUAAGAGAUGAAGCAUAGGAAUAAGUUCAUUUUGUA